ACAGAGAAGUGUUUUUAUUUUUUGAAGGGGGAAGGCUCUCAAUUUCUCUCCUGCUUUUGCUUUUCUCCACUUCUUCACACCACUUUAAUGUUUUCUUGGAGUCCAAGUGGGACUCUUUUGGGUUGUAAAUCUCUCUCUCUCAUGCCACCUUUCAUCAGUGUCUCUCUUCCUCCUUUAGCUUGAGCAGCAGAAUUUCUGAGACCACAGUUUUGGAGUUCUUCUCAAUACAAGAACUUGCCUUCUGAAUUUUCGAUUUAGUUCUUCAAAAAAGAGGAGAAGGAAACAGGAGAGAAAAAUGGCAGGAGGUGGACAUGCACCGCCACCGAAACAGGAGGAGCUACAGCCUCAUCUGGUCAAAGAUCAGCUGCCUAACGUUUACUACUGCAUUACCAGUCCUCCUCCUUGGCCUGAAGCCAUCCUACUUGGUUUCCAACAUUACUUGGUGAUGCUUGGCACGACGGUUCUGAUUCCCACCUCUCUCGUUCCUCAGAUGGGAGGAGGAAGCGGGGAGAAAGCAAAAAUGAUUCAGACUAUACUCUUUGUUGCUGGAUUAAACACACUGCUUCAAACAUUCUUUGGGACUCGUUUACCUGCAGUGAUUGGAGCAUCCUAUACCUAUGUGCCAACAACCAUUUCGAUUAUCUUGGCUGGUCGGUAUAGUGACAUUGUGAACCCCCAGGAGAAAUUUGAGAAGAUAAUGCGUGGAACCCAGGGUGCACUUAUUGUUGCCUCAACUCUGCAGAUUGUAGUUGGCUUCAGCGGUCUUUGGCGCAAUGUGGCGAGGUUCCUAAGUCCACUUUCUGCUGUUCCUUUGGUCGCUUUGUCAGGAUUUGGGCUAUACGAGUUUGGUUUUCCUGUGUUUGCGAAGUGUGUGGAGAUUGGGCUACCGCAACUGAUCAUGCUACUGAUAUUUUCACAGUACAUCCCUCAUUUGUUGCGCAGUGAGACGCAUGUCUUUGAUCGCUUUGCUGUUCUAUUUUCGGUGGUCAUUGUGUGGAUUUAUGCUCAUCUGCUUACUGUGGGUGGGGCCUAUAAGAACACAGGACCCAGAACUCAAUUAACCUGUCGAACUGAUCGUGCUGGUAUCAUAGGUGCUGCUCCAUGGAUAAGGAUUCCAUAUCCCUUUCAAUGGGGAGCUCCCACAUUCGAUGCUGGAGAAGCUUUUGCAAUGAUGGCUGUUUCAUUUGUUGCUCUUGUAGAGUCCACCGGUGCCUUUAUUGCUGUGUCAAGGUAUGCAAGUGCAACUCCGCUGCCACCUUCUGUUUUAAGCCGCGGUGUUGGUUGGCAGGGAGUCGGAAUUCUUUUCUGUGGUAUAUUCGGCACUGGGAAUGGAGCUUCAGUAUCUGUUGAAAAUGCUGGUUUGUUAGCAUUGACACGGGUUGGUAGCCGAAGGGUGGUUCAAAUUUCAGCCUGUUUCAUGAUCUUCUUUUCCAUACUUGGAAAAUUUGGAGCUGUCUUUGCCUCAAUUCCAGCACCCAUCAUUGCAGCAUUGUAUUGCUUUUUCUUCGCUUAUGUCGGUUCUGCAGGUCUUACCUUGCUUCAAUUUUGCAACCUCAACAGUUUUCGGACGAAAUUUAUCUUAGGCUUCUCUAUUUACAUGGGCUUGUCGAUUCCACAAUAUUUCAACGAAUACACCCUCAUUAGAGGCUACGGCCCCGUGCACACCGGAGCAAGAUGGUUCAAUGAUAUGAUCAACGUUCCUUUCUCGUCCGAACCAUUUGUGGCCGGUUUCUUGGCAGUAUUCUUGGACAUCACGCUACACCGCAAGGACAGCGCUACAAGGAAAGAUCGCGGCAUGCAUUGGUGGGAUAGAUUCCGAUCUUUCAAGACAGAUACAAGAAGCGAGGAAUUCUACUCCCUGCCUUUCAACCUCAACAAGUUUUUCCCCUCAGUGUGAUGAUAUUGAAACUGUCUCAGAUGCUCCGGCAUGAUCUCAUUGUCUGUACCAAACUAGAACAUGAAUCUUGUUUUCCCUCCUUUUCUUCUGUUUACUCUAAGGAAGGACACAACAUAUCAUAUAUAUGAAAAUCUUUGUCCUACGCCUUCUGGCAGUCUCAUCCAGACUCUGACUGAACUGUGUGGACGUAAAGAAGUAACAUGGGCUUGUAUUUGGCCUUAGGGUUUAUAGCGACAUAGAUCAGUUAGUCAAGACAGUGUAAAAAUAGUUAUGUAUCUUCUUGUAAGAAAACAUAAAAAGAAAUUCCCUUUUAAGGA